UACCCAGUUAAAAAACAUGUGGCUUCUGGAGUGUGGUGGAGGUGGUAGAGUGACGGGUUAAGAACCCUGGCCUUGGAAUCUGACAGAUGUAGAUGACAAUCCGGCCGCGUCCAGUUAAAGCUUUAAAGCCCAAAACAAAAAGGGCGAAGAGAUUCCUUGAGAAGAGAGAACCGAAACUCAGUGAAAAUAUUAAAAAUGCCAUGCUGAUUAAAGGGGGAAAUGCAAAUGCAACAGUGACACAAGCACUUAGAGAUGUGUAUGCACUGAAAAAACCAUAUGGCGUUCUGUAUAAAAAGAAAAAUAUUACGAGACCAUUUGAGGAUCAGACAUCGCUGGAAUUUUUUUCAAAGAAGUCAGAUUGUUCUUUAUUCAUGUUUGGCUCCCAUAAUAAGAAGCGGCCAAAUAAUCUGGUAAUAGGUCGUAUGUAUGACUACCAUGUGCUGGAUAUGAUUGAAUUAGGUAUUGAGAAUUUUGUCUCUCUAAAAGAUAUUAAGAACAGUAAAUGUCCUGAGGGAACAAAACCCAUGUUAAUAUUUGCUGGUGAUGAGUUUGAUAUAACAGAAGACUACAGAAGACUAAAAAGUCUUUUUAUUG